UCAAAGAAACUGAGGCGGAAGUCAACAGAGAGCACAGACCGAUCUGUGUUGUUAUCCCGGCUGAACUAAGAGCAGAAUGGCGGAUGAGGAGGACGAGACUGGCUUCGACGAGGAGUUGGAUGACGGGACCAGCGGGGUCGACGUCGGCCACGGGAAGAGGAAGAGGCUCUUCUCCAAGGAGCUCCGGUGUAUGAUGUACGGUUUCGGAGACGACCAGAACCCGUACACGGAGUCCGUGGAUAUUCUGGAGGACCUGGUGAUCGAGUUCAUCACGGAAAUGACCCACAAAGCCAUGUCUAUCGGACGCCAGGGCCGCGUCCAGGUGGAGGACAUCGUUUUUCUGAUUCGCAAGGACCCAAGGAAGUUCGCCAGAGUCAAAGACCUGCUGACCAUGAACGAGGAGCUGAAGAGAGCCCGGAAAGCUUUCGACGAAGCAAAUUAUGGCUCAUGAACUCACCCUGGGACACUUCUUUACAUACAUCUAAUUUUGCUGUUCAUUUGGUUUAUCUUUGUUCUUUAGGAGAUUGUUCAGACUCCAUUUUAUUGUCCAAACUCAGCAUUUUUUUGUGUGACGAGUGAUUUGCAUUAUUUUACAGAUGGUAUAAAAUGUCAUAUCGCCUGCGACUGUUUAAAUAAAGUAACUUGAAUAUUGUUUAAA